AUGAGUGCUACAACCCGAUAUGGUAAAGGUAGGUCAGCCGAGCAGCAAGUCGCGCACGCGGCCAUGGCCGAGGCGAGCGGUUCCGCGCCAAGGACGGCGGAGGCGGGCGGACCGUUACGCGAGACAAAGGAGGGUGCACCUGCCCGCGCGGACCACGCAGGUGCCGGUGUGUGUCCCCACCCCUCGCCCAAGGUCAAAGAGCCCGGACCCGCGCGCGCGAACCCGCCUGCUACACCGGCGGGCGCCGCGGCCACUGGCCCGACCGCGCCAGGCGAAAGUCAGAGGGCCGACGGAGCGGCCGUGCCCAUGUCAGAACAGUCCCUACUCCAGACCUUACUAAAUGAAAUGAGGGCAAUGGAAGAGCGCAAUAAGGCAAUUGCCGAGCAGCAGAAUAAAGUACUAGCGGAACAGCUAGGAAAGAAAAUCGAAGCUUCUGAAGAACGACAGCGGAAAGAAAUAAAAACUCUAAGUGAUAAAAUUGACGAACAGAAGGAAAGGACAGAUUCGUUCAUAGCAGAGGUACAGGAACGACGUAGAUCAUGUGAAGGAUGGUCUUGCAGCCAUGGAGUCCUGGAAAGAGCAGCUUGA